ACGGUUUAGUAACCAUUCUGUCGUUGAAGUUGGCGUAGCCGGAGUGUCCUCAGCCCGCCGGACCCGCGGGCCUCAGCUCGUUAGAGAUGCAGGCGCGUUUUGGACGGCGCUCGGGACUGUCGAAGGAAAGCACAGGAACGAAGGACUGUGAAAAAGAUGGCGUUCCCUAUCCACCUCUCCUGCCCAGAAAGGUUGAUCUCCAGGAGGUCACCAUAAUCCCACACAAUGAGUGGGAAAGGAUUCGGGGUACCCUGGACAAGUUGACAAGAGAAGCAGCAGCCCUUCGUGCAGAAAGAACGGCAAAGAGAAGGAUGCACACCCAGUCCCAGAACUUGGUAAAACACUGGACUAACACAUACGCAGGAAUGAAAGAACAGAAGCUUAAAGCCAAGCAAAAGCGUGAUGAAGAGCUUGAGGCUGAAAGACAAAUUCUUGAUGUGGAGGAAGAACUACACAAAGAAGGAGAAAGAAAGAAGGCCAUUGAAAGCGCAAAGCAGUAUCAGUUUUACCAGACAGAAAGAGUGAAGAGCUUUCAUUCAGGACUUCUUCUCAGUAGAGUUAUGAAAGAGCGUGAUGCCCAGAUUCAGUACAAAAAGAAUACAGAAAAAUCAGAUAAAAAAUGGGAGAAGCAAUUGAAACUCAGCGUAGAAAAAGCUAUUAAAGAAGAGCAAGAGAAAGAAGAAAAACAGCGCCAAGCAAGAUUAGCUCUUGCCAAAGAUCAUCUGAAACAAAUAAAGGAACGUGAAGAGGAAGAAAAAGAAAGGAAGAAAAAUGAAGAAAAAGAUGCUGAGGAGAUAAAGCGGCAGAAUUUGCUGUAUGAAAUAGAAGUGAAAAAAAAACUAAGCAAGAAACAGAAAGAGAUAGAUGAAAACAAGAAACAAUUUUUUGACAGUAUACAUGAUAAAAACAUCAUCCGAGCUAUAGAACAACAGCAGGAAGAGGAGGAAGAUGAAAGGACCAUGAAGUUUAUCAAAGCCAAAAAACGUCUUACGCAAAUGAGGCAAGACAAAGAAGCUGAAACACAAAGGCUAAUGGAAGAGCGGAAAGAAAGAAUUAAUAACUUCCUAACUGAACUAAUGCAACAGAAACUUGAUAAUGAAGAUUUUAUUAUUGCAAGAGAUGUUGCUGAAGCUGAGGCUGAAUGGGAGAAAGCAGAAAAAGAAAAAAAUGAAAAAACUCAAGCAGAACUGAAAGCAAUCUCAGAACAUAGAGCCACUGUGAUGAAAAAUAAAGAGGAAGAAGAAAGACAGAGAAAAAUCGAGUCUAAAGAACAAUUGCUGGCUCUCUUGGAGGCAGAUAAGCUCUUCCAGGAGCUUGAAAAGGAGAAAAAGCUCAAAGCUAGCAUAAAGCAACAAGAAAUUCAAGAUGCUCACAUUCAGAAAAUGGCUGUAAAUAAAUUCAAAGCGAGACAAUUGAAAGAAGAAGACUUGGAGUACUGGAGACUCACUGAAGCCCUUGCAGCCGAGGAGGAGGAAGAAUUUCAGAAGUAUGCUAGAGAAGUGAUUGCAUGCGAAUCUGAAUCAACAAAGAAAUACACUUACCCUCUGGUCAGAGCUGUGCAGGAAGGAGUGGGCGGUGGGCACGGCCCGCCCUUUGUAGGCAGAGGUGGGAUAAGACCCAGCUAUCAGGCAACUGAUGCCACCGGCAUCCAGCUCCCUUUCUAUAACUCUCAAGGAUCAAAGUGUGAUUUUCAGAAGUCGAAGAGAAGGCUAGGUUUUACAUGGUAAAACAAAAAACAAAAACAAAACAUUUUUAUGAUUGAUAAAUUUUAUUGUAGCAAGUAUGAGCUACAAAUAUAAUGGAAUUUCUGGUAAUAAAGCCAAUACUUAUCUUUGUAAGAAUGUGUUGCCUGAUUCAAUUCUUUGCAGUAUUUACACUAAGUACACAUAAAUGCUCAGGAGUCUGUGCAUGUGUGUAGAUUCCAGAGAACAGCCUGGGGUGUUAUUUCUUACACCGCACCCACCUUUUUUAGAAAACUGGACCUCUCAGUAGCCUGGAACUCAACAAGCAGGCUGACCAGUGAGCCCCAGGGAUCUGUCUCUCUCCAUCUCCUCAGCACUGGGAUUACAAGUUUGUGUUAUUACACAGGAGUUUUCCUCUAAUAUGGGCUCAAAGUCAGGUUCUUACUUCACUGACUGAGCUGUAUGCUCAGCCACACAAUGUCAGUUUCAGUUAAAAUGUUAUCAGUGGGACAAAGCGCAUUCCAGGAUUGUACAACCUUGACCUUGUACCAAUGGAGUAGUACCUCAGCUCCCCUCCACACAGCCUCUGCUUUGUCUAUAAGAACGCAGCCAUGCUGUGGACCUCAGAGUCUGCCUUACGUCACAGAGCACGUUUCUGUGUUGUGUACCAUGUUGUCAGUACUUCGUUCUUAUGGCUAAAUCAGGGCUGGUUCUUAACAGACAUUCAUGUGCUUGUUCAACUUGUCACUCAGUUCUCAGUUGUUCAAAGCUUUCUUGUUACGAAUAUGCUUAGACAGUUUCGACUUCUCUGUUUCUUGUGUAAAGUAUACCUCCAAGACUGAAAAUUACUUAAAAUAAUUGUGUAUGUAGCAUUAUUGACUUGAUACAAAAGAUCAUUGAGUUUUUAUGAACCAAAC